UAGAUAAACCGGCUAGUAGAGGAAGCUGCUGCAGUGCAGCCAGCCUGCUGGGCAGAGCAGAGAGACUCCCGAUCCUUGUGUCUGCCUUCACAGCAUCAUAUCCAGGAGGAUUCCCAAGGACAUGCCGCUUCCCUCCUAGAAUCACACACUGCCAUCCUCCUUGUCUUGUAUGACAGCUCUGUGCCCGAACCUUUGCUCUCCGAAUUGCUGCCAUCGUACGCGAUCUAAUCUAUGAUCAGCCAACAAGGAGCUGGCAUCUCCUGUCACCUGUACACCCUGAACUAGAGGAGAUCUUCUAUCACCAACAAGAUCUACUAUGGGAUCUCAGUGAUCAAGCAGCACCCACUGCCACCCUCCCACAGGGCAUCCUCACAGCGCUGACAAUACACUUCUCCUUCCAUCCAAUAGCUCACCUGAGCAGCAGGUGCACCAUGUCAGUCGCCUUCUACCUACUGACCACCCUGGGUGGGUAUCUCAUCACCUCUGCCAUGCUCCUGAAAUUUCCCAAUCUGCUGCACAAGAGGAAACAGCAGAAGUUCCGAUGUAGGCACAUCUCCCACCGAGGAGGUGCUGGGGAAAAUCUAGAAAAUACAAUGACUGCUUUCAAACAUGCUGUCAGGCUGGGAACAGAUAUGUUGGAACUUGAUUGUCAUCUUACGAAAGAUGAGAACGUUGUAGUGUCACAUGAUGGAAAUUUGAAGAGGUCUACAGGUGUCAGUGUUAAUAUAUCAGAGUUGGACUACUGUGAUCUGCCUCCCUACUUGUCUCAACUAGAUGUGACUUUCGAAAAAGAUUGUUGCUGUGAUGGCGGAGAAGACAAGAAAAUCCCUUUGCUGAAAGAUGUAUUUGAAGCAUUUCCAGAGACACCCAUCAACAUAGACAUCAAAGUGAAUAACGAUAUGCUUGUUAAAAGGGUAUCUGAACUUGUAGGAGAAUACAAGAGAGAACACCUGACCGUGUGGGGUAACGCCGACUACGAGAUUGUACAGAAGUGCCACAAAGAGAACUGUGACAUCCCACUGCUGUUUUGCUUCCAACGUGUCCUGCUGCUGGUGGGGCUAUUCUAUACGGGACUCCUGCCCUUCUUUCCAAUCCGGGAACAGUUUCUAGAGGUCCCCAUGCCUUCUAUAAUUAUGAAACUAAAAGAUCCCUCCAAAAUGAGCAGAAGUCACAAAUUCGUUGUAUGGCUUGCAGAUGCUUUAUUGAUGAGAAAAUGUCUGUUUGAACACUUGAAAGCCAGGGGAAUUCAGGUUUACAUCUGGGUGUUAAACAAUGAAGAAGAAUAUAAAAGAGCCUUUGAUUUGGGUGCCACCGGUGUAAUGACGGACUAUCCCACCAGACUGAAAACAUUCUUGGAGUCUUACUUUCACUGAGAUAUGUGAGGGGUUAAAGAGCCAUUCAUCUGACUGAAGUUACUGUACAAUUAUGUCAUCAUACCUCAUGCAUGGCCUAGUAGGAAAUACUUAGAUUCUUAUACAUAUGUAUUUAAAACAGAUCUUGUAUAGUUUACAUUUGUAUAUAGGCUAAACAGAAUGGGGACUAAAACGUAAGUGUGUAUAUUUAAGAGAAACAAAAGGUGUGUAUUCCUACGGAAAGUCUGACGUGGAAUGUACACAGUGUUUAAUUAUGGAUCAUCGGAUUCUUUUUUUAAUUCGUUCUCAUCUGCACAGUCUCGCUUAGGAUCAUGAUGGAUUUCUUAUCAUUGUGGAAACAUAUGCACAGAUGGGGUUAUC